AUGUCUAUACAAGAUUUGUCAAAGAGCGUCGAGAGUACAAAUCAACAUUAUAAUGAAAUGUCUAGUAAAAUGAAUCAACUGGAAAUCUCCAUGGAUCUCAUGUCAUCUCAGUGCACAGAGAAGAUUGAAACUAUGAGCACUAUCAAUAAGGAAAAAGUUGACGAAACGGUAAACUAUUUGUUAAUAUUUAUUACGUGUUUAGUGUAAAUUUUGAACUUCUUUUAAACAAAAAACAAAAAAAGAGUGUGUGUGUUGGCUAAGGAAGCUAUAAAUUAUGGCGAUGAGAUUUAAUGGAAAAACUUUAAUAUAUAUAAUAUCUUUAAAAAAUUGAUAACUUGAUUUCCUAAACUAAUUAUUUUUCAACUUAUGUGAAAUUUUUCUAAUUUAGUAAAAUCAUUUUAAUAUACAGUAAUAUACUUGACAAAUGUAAAGAAAAGAAAAACUUAACACCAAUUAUAUUUAUGUUUUAUUUUGAAAUUUUAAUAACAUUAUAAUGAAAAACCUCACUUAUUCUGGCCUUAUAUAUUCGUUUUUUUUUUCUAGGACACUUUCUAAUCGUUUUGAUGAAUGUCAAUAAUGAAAUCGGAGAAAAAAAAACUUUUAAAGAUAUGCAGUUAAUAUAAACCCAUUCGUAAAUAUGGGAUAUAAAGAACGACAAUGAUUAAAACUUUUAAAAUAGUAUAUGAAGUUUAUUGCUAUACAUAAUUUUUUUUGAAGUACGCUUAGGUUUCAAAAAAUGUAAUAUUAAACUCAGAUUCAUUUUAAAAAUAUAUAUAAUAAUUAUAACACGAUACCAUCGUUACGAAUACUCACGAAAACUUUAACCAUUUAUUUAAACAGAAGAAACUGUUUUAAUUUUUUUUUUUAAAUAUUGUGUUGCGUCAGUAAACUCCAAAGAGUUAAGUUAAUAGUAUUUACAAACGAAAAACUAAUACAUUUAUUUGGGGGGGGGGGGGUUAAACUUAUCAUGUAAUUAGUUUUUUUUAUUACAAUUUCUGGCUACUUUUGUAGAUUGGUUUGGCUUGUCAUAUGUUAGCCAAGAGACUAGCACCAUUGGACAAAUUAAAUGAGAUUUUAAACAAGAAAUCCGAAUCUAGAAAGAGACUUUCACAGGUAUUUUUAUAUGUUAUAAUUGUUUGUUUGUUUUUUCUUCAUUUUAACUUUAAUUUGUUUUUUCUGUUAUUAAUAUUUUUUUUUCGUAAUAAGUCAACGGGAACAAAGUUUUCCUUUAAACAAGAAAAUAUGUUCUUUAAUAAGUAAACCGGAACAAAGCCAUCUUUGAUCUUUACUUUUUAUCCUCAUUUUCUAAAUCAUUUAUAGGAAGACACUGCUGAGAAUCAAAUAGCACAGCUAAAUGAAAAAAUUUCACAUCUUGGUAAGAUAAUGAAAUAA